GGUUAGGUGUGGAAAAGACACACCACCAAACAUGUAACCACAUCAGAUUCAUGUUAAAAUAUAAGCAUCCCUCAAUCUCCCUUCUCCAUCCCAACAACAACAACCAUCUUCCACAGCCAGCACUAACAUGGGUUCGAACAAUGAAAACGAAGAAGCCUUCCUCUUUGCUAUGCAAUUAGCCAGUGCCUCUGUUCUACCCAUGGUUCUAAAAUCCGCCAUAGAACUAGAUCUUCUCGAGAUCAUAGCCAAAGCCGGACCAGGAGCUUAUGUUUCUCCGACCGAGCUGGCGGUUGAACUCCCAACAAAGAAUCCAGGUGCGGCGGUUAUGCUUGACAGAAUUCUUCGAUUGUUGACGAGUUACUCUGUUUUGGAUUGUAAAUUGAAGGAGAUUACUGGUGGAGGGGUUGAAAGAUUAUAUGCUCUUGCUCCUGUCUGCAAAUUCUUAAUCAAGAAUGAAGAUGGUGUUUCAAAUGCACCUCUUUUGCUCAUGAAUCAAGAUAAGAUUCUCAUGGAAAGCUGGUACCACUUAAAAGAUGCGGUCCUUGAUGGAGGGAUUCCUUUCAACAAGGCUUAUGGAAUGUCAGCCUUUGAUUACCACGGUACAGAUUCGAGAUUUAAUAAGGUGUUUAACAACGGAAUGUCGAACCAUUCCACGAUCACCAUGAAGAAAAUCCUCGAGAUGUAUAAGGGUUUUGAAGGCCUCGGUACCCUUGUUGAUGUUGGAGGUGGAACUGGGGCUACACUCAACAUGAUCAUUUCUAAAUAUCCUUCAAUUAAGGGUGUUAAUUUUGAUUUGCCUCAUGUUAUUGAAGAUGCUCCUGCUUAUCCCGGGGUGGAGCAUGUUGGAGGGGACAUGUUUGUGAGUGUACCCAAAGGUGAUGCGAUUUUUAUGAAGUGGAUAUGUCACGACUGGAGUGAUGAACAUUGCUUGAGUUUCUUGAAGAAUUGUUACGACGCUCUUCCAGCCAAUGGAAAGGUGAUAGUUGCAGAAUGUAUCUUACCGAUAGCACCCGACACAAGUCUUUCCACCAAAAAUGUAGUCCACAUCGAUGUAAUCAUGUUGGCUCAUAAUCCCGGAGGUAAAGAAAGGACUAAAGAUGAAUUUGAGGCCCUCGCAAAAGGAGCCGGAUUCCAAGGUUUUAGCGUCAUUUGUUGCGCAUACAACACUUAUGUAAUUGAGUUCUCAAAGAAUGCUUGAAAUGAAGCUAAGUAAUGGUCUUAAUCAUUAUUAUGGCAUUGUUAUGAAUCUUGUGAUAUGUAAUUGAAUACUUUUAUCACCAUUUCAUCAAAUAAAACAUCUAUAAAUUCCAAAUUGAUUUUAUCAAUGAAAUUAUCCACCUUUUCUUCC